AUGUCUCGCCCGUUAUUUAAGCGAUUCACCUGGAGUCGUGACUCUUCACAGGCUCAGGGCUCCAGGCCCCCGCAUACAGACCCUCAGCAACGCAUUUCACGGUCGAACACGGAUGAUAUCUUCAAGCGCGACGGCUCUCUCGUUCCCGUGAGAGUCAAAGCCUAUAACCUGCCGUGUCCGGUAUUCGUAAAUUACAUCGAAACGAAGUUCCAGAUGGAGUUGAAGGAGUUUAACAAGAAGGGAAUCAAGGAUGAUUAUUAUGUCCUCCAACUCCCCCGCGACUUAUCCAAGGCUGAAAGACAGGAGAUUGACAAAUUGAGGAUUGUUGAUCCAAAGGAGGAGAAGAGGCAGAAGGAGCGGAAGCCGAAGACACAUAGCAGGAGUAAAAGCUCGGACUCGGAAUGA